UUUUUCACCACAUUUUGACGUUAUCUGCAACGCACAGUCAUUUUGCGAGCAUGAGGUACCUGUGGUACAUCUUCCGAUCUUUUUAUAUCACAAGUUUCAAGUAUCUCGCCUGCUUCCCGCAUGUGUUUUUCGUUCAACCUGACCACGUGGAUAAUGCUGGCAGUUCCGGCGAGGUUCAGCUGAAGCGUUGCCUAGCAACAGGAAAAGUUGCACUGAAGGUUUGCCAGACGAUACCAAGGAAUUUUAGAAAUGGCUGCGGAAUCCAUUGGCGGAAUGCUUUAUGGCUACAAAACUGCAGCAAAAAUACAACCAGAAGAAAACCAUGUAGUGUGGGUGAACAAACGGCAUGAUCCUCAAGAUCUCAGAAGUAAUGCUCCUGUACAGCGCUCGAAAUUUAUCUGCGGGCCACCGGAUAUGGAAGUUGCUCAACAUUGGAGACGCGAAACUCAACCUUCGUUGAAGACUUUUUCACGGCAUCUAGAAGAAGAGAAGUGGUAUCCUUCAUCCCAAGCAACUAGAUGCCAGGAAUGGUCGACGUUGAGACAAAUCCUGCCUUCCAAAGGCAUUCCACAGCGAGAAAUUUGUCCGAGAUGGGGAACUGGAAUGCCGCUUUCUCCUUCGUUUCAUCCCUCACACCAAAAGCAUUUUCCACACAUAAACAGCCCUAUGACGCGAUAUGUAGAUGAUAUGCAUCUCACAAACAGGUUAUUCAAGCUGCACUAAGAGGAGAGAGUUGCCACCUACAUUGAAUUCAUCCCUAGACCUUACUUUCCGUAGAAAUUUUCAUUGGAAAAUGUACAUUUUCUAGCUUUUAAAGGUCACUUAUAUUAACUUCUUGUCAAAACCUUACAGUUACUUAAUCUGGAAAGUAUUGCUGGAGAAAUAUAUGUCCAUUUUUUUAAGGCUUAAGAGUCACUUACAUUGACUUCAUGUCAAACAAGAUCUUACUUAAUCUGGAAAUUAUUGUUGGAAGAAUGUACAUUUUCUAAGUUUGAAAAGAAACUUAAUUGGAAGGAAGUUUAGACUUACAUAUUUUUCACCCCACAGUAUUUGUAUUUUUAUUACAUAAAGAAAGAAAACAAUAAAAGAUUAGUAUAAUACAAGUUCAUGUUCAAGUUCAUUUUAUUUACACUUCUUAAAAUUCCAUAAAAAUCAUACAACACUUUGCAACAAUUCAUUCCAGGUGUUCUGGGCAUGGAGGAAAGACAAAUGUUUCCUAUAUGCCACAAAAAACUGCCCAAAUUAUACAAAAUGUUUUCCAUCUUAUCCUCUUUAACAGUUAUUUGUUACCCUUGUUGUUGUUUCAAGGGGAAGGUGGAGUUACAUGGCUGGGCAAACAUUGUCAGGUGUGAUAAAUUAUAAAAUAAAAAUAAAAGUAACAAUGGGUUUCUGACAAGA